UAUAUAUAUAUAUAUACGUGUGAUGUAUGUCUUUCACUAGUCAUCUCUCUCUCUCUCUCUGAGAAUGGAAGCUCUCUGCUUCGUCGCUUCACCCACUCCGCUGUUUCGCACCACAACACAGCACUCAGCCUUCCCACCAAUCAGGACCCUGACCCUGAACACACCGAAGAAGUCGAACAAAAACCAACCAUCCAUUAUUACUGCAACAUUGACAAACCCAAAGGAGCAGAUCUUCCACAAGCCCUCAAGACUCGAUUCUCUUAAUACGACGCCGCCCGAGUUGAUGAAAGUGUCGUCUGCGUCGUUGGUGUAUGAGAGUGGCUUCCUCGGUGUUGUGCCGGAAAAGAAGGCGGCGCCAGCUGGGAAGGGUGGGGACGGGGUUCACAAUGCCACCACUUACUUGACGAAGAUAUUGUCAUCUAAGGUUUAUGAUGUCGCCGUGGAGACGCCAUUGGACUAUGCUUCCAAGCUUUCUGAGAGGCUUGGUGUUCAUUUUUGGCUCAAGAGAGAGGACCUUCAACCUGGAGUAUUCUCCUUCAAGCUGCGAGGAGCUUAUAACAUGAUGGCCAAGCUUUCAAGGGAGCAGUUGGAUAGGGGAGUUAUUUGUUCAUCAGCAGGGAACCAUGCCCAAGGAGUUGCAUUAUCUGCCCAAAAGCUAGGCUGUGAUGCAGUGGUCGCCAUGCCUGUUGCAACUCCUGAAAUCAAACUGAAGGCAGUGGAGAGGUUAGGUGCUACAGUUGUGCUUGUUGGCGAGUCCUAUGAACAAGCACAAGAGUAUUCCAGAAAGCGGGCCAGAGAAGAAGGUCUAACGUUUGUACCUGGUUUUGAUCACCCAGAUAUCAUAGCAGGGCAGGGGACUGUAGGAAUGGAGAUCGUGCGUCAAAUGCCUGCUCCAUUGCAUGCAAUCUUUGUGCCUGUUGGAGGUGGCGGGCUAAUAGCUGGAAUUUCUGCCUAUGUGAAGACAGUUUAUCCUGGGGUCAAGAUCAUUGGGGUGGAGCCAUAUGAUGCAAACUCAAUGGCACUAUCUUUAUAUCAUCAGCAGAGAAUUAUGCUAGAUAAAAUAGGAAGAUUUGCAGAUGGGGUAGCUGUGGAAGUGGUUGGAAAAGAAACUCUUCGAUUAUGCACAGAGCUCAUUGAUGGAGUAGUUCUUGUCAGCCAAGAUGCUAUCUGUGCAUCAAUAAAGGACAUGUUUGAGGAAAAGCGAGCCGUGCUUGAACCGGCGGGGGCCCUUGCCAUUGCUGGAGCCGAGUCAUAUUGCAAAUAUUAUGGACUGAAAGGUGAAAAUGUUGUAGCAAUAACCAGUGGAGCGAACAUGAACUUUGAUGGAUUAAGGUUGGUAUCCCAACUUGCUGAUGAUGGUAGGCGGCGUAAGUCUGUCCUUGCUACAUUUGUUCCAGAGAACCGGGAAAAUAUCAAAGAGUUUUGUCAACUGGCGGGUGAUCGAUCAAGCAUUGAGAAUGAGAUUCUUUGUCGGUUUGUCAUCCCAGAUAGGCCAGGUGCUCUGAUGAAAUUACUAGAUGCCUUCAGAGGCCGUUGGAAUAUUAGCAUGCUCAAUUACCGAGGACAGGGUGAGAGUGGUGGAAAUGUAUUAAUGGGUCUCCAAGUUGUGAGCUCUGAGAUGGAUGAAUUCAAGGCUUUGGCCAAUAGGCUAGGAUAUGAUUAUGCAUUUGAAACAGGCGAUGAAGCUUUGCCAUUACUGAUGCCCUCGUAGGUGUCACGUCUUCAUUUUAUGGUCAUGAUUUCAAACUGGUGCAUCUAAUGAUGUAUAUGAUAUCAAUAUUGUUACGUCUUUUAAUUUUUUUUAAUAAUAUAGUAUCAUGUAUACCUUCAUAGACACCCACUUUAAAUCCUAACCAUAAAAUGAAAAGUAUCCUUGUCCUGCUUUAAAA